AUGAGCGCCGAACUACCCAAAGUGCCUCCGCGUCCGAGCCGUACGCAGGAGAGAGCGUCAGACCCGGUCAUGGAUGCUCCAAUAAUCCCUCCUCGCCCUCAGCGUCGCAACGAGAGAUCCGUCUCUCCCAUGCGAGGAGAGUACACGCGUUCUCCCCUGAACGACAUGCCUGCGAAUGCCCCUAGCGCCAAUGGCAAGAUAUACAACCACCGAAACCUCUCGGCCCAGGAUCUUCCUCCCCGUCCUCCGAGUGUUAACCUCCCGUCGAUCGGUCAGGAGGGCAGCGAAUAUGCCAACCUCCAGGAAGAAGAGCAAGCAGCUGCUGAGCAGCAUAGAAACGUUUCUCCGGACCUGCCCAUGCACGCUCCCACGGCCUCCGUACCACAAUCAACUGCCAAAUCCAGAAUCCAAACAGUCACCCGUACCGACUCUAGUCAAGCUGCCUCCCACGGGAUCGGCUCGCCCGGAGCUGGGAUACACCCCUUGAGAGCAAAGGCGAGCUUCAAUCGCUCCAACUUGUCCUUGUCUCAGGAGCCGACCGAGGAAGACGAACAUGGCAUUCCUGAGAUCGGUAUCCAAGUUCCCAUGCUCAAAUUCGCCGGUGACGUUCAGGCUCCUACGCCCGCGCCCUCCAAAUCUGGCACCCCGAGUAUCAGCUUCAACGACGCAACUCCUCGCAACCACCACCGUAAGCGUAGUUCGCGUCAGGAGUUCCAUGGUCCCCCUGGUAGUUAUGGUCUCCACGGCCAUCGUCACGACCCCAAGGAUCAGUUCGAAAAGGCAUGGUAUGCUAAGCAUCCCGAAGAGCUUGUCAAGGAACACCGUCCCUAUGAUCCUGGCCAUGCUCCCGGUGAUUGGGCUCUGAGCAGCGAUGAUCUUAACAAGCUCGUCCACCAGAACUCUGGACGCGGCCUCGGAAUGGGCUCGUCUCCCGCCGCCAUUGGCACGCCCGAUGAAUCCAUUGGCUUCAUGGCUUCAGAAGCUUAUACUUCCCGCAUGAACUCGCCGAAGCCUUUGUCGGGCCUCAGCAAGCGUCCCUCAAGUGGUGCCCAGCCAGCCAUCGAGUCCCCUCUUAGAAAGGAGUCCUUCGGUCAGAAAGAGCUUGCACUGGACGACAACGCUCUGGAAAGCGAGGUCGAGGACGAGACCAUCCAUAUUGACCCUCCAGCCCACCGUCACAGCAAGAUCCACGGCGGCGGUUACGAUCCUCCUACUGUGGAUCUCGGUCCUGAGGGAGGCAACACUUCUGAGCGUGGUGGAUGGGUCAUUGAGAAUGGCGAUGGCAUGCCUAUCCUGGCAUCUGAUGAGGUUGCCAAAAAUAAUCCCGAGGCCGUGUACUGGCAGCCCGCUGUUUCACCUCAGAAGGAGAGAAAGGGCAACGACUACUACGACGCAUAUGCUUCAGACUCGUCGGCUACCGGUCCGUCUCGCAGACGUAGUGGUGAGAAGCUGAGAACCAGCAGUGGAGGUGAUCUUGCAAGAUUCAAGUCUCGCGAGGCUCAGCCUUCGGGUGCCGGUACACCUCUCGAGGAGAUUGAGGAAUAUGAACCUCUGUUCCCCGAUGACGACGACAAGCCUCAACCCCCUCUGACUGUUGCUGAUAAGUUGAAGCGUCCUGAUUUGGCCCGUCACCACUUCCCCAGUCAAGAUAUUUGGGAGGAUGUUCCCGAGAGCUUACAGUACGAGACUGAGGUUUCUGGUCCCCAGGAGCCGGAAGAUCUCACGACCUCCGCCACUUUUGAGCAUCCGGACAAGGAACAAGCACGUAAGGAGGGCAACAACCCGGAAGAUCGUGCCGACUUCCUCACCCAAGAAGCUAAGAGAAUGGCCAAGACUGGUUUCAAGCCUGGUGUGGCCGAGGAUAUGGCCCGUCCUAGUUACAAGAAUCGCUUCCCUAGCAGAGAUGUAUGGGAAGACUCGCCUGACAGUCUACAGCUCGAAACCACCGUCGAUACUCCCCAGAUGGAGGACGAGGAUGAAACUGGUCCGGCUGACAUCAAGUCUCCCAUCGUUCCUCAGCGUCCUGCCCGCUCUUCCAAGUUGUCCGAAGUGUCAACCGCCGUACCCGAGGAGACUACUAAGCCUCAAAUCCCUGCCAGACCGGCUGGUCACCAGGCACCUGUAAUCCCUGAGCGCCCUAAGCCUCAGGUCCCUGCCAGACCCGCCAGAGGCGAGACUGCUCAGACUCAAGAUAGCGCAUCGACAGAAAGAGCUGUAUCGCCUCCGGCCGUCAAGGCCAAGCCUGCUGUUCCUGCAAGGCCAGCGGGUAACAAGUUCGCCGCGCUCAAGGCUGGCUUCCUCGAGAACCUGAACGCUCGUCUUGGCUCUGGCCCUCCGGGUCCUCCUAAGCAUGAAGAGCCUGCCGAGGCACCUGUCGAGGAGAAGGCUCCUCUUGCCGAUGCACGAAAGGGUCGUGCUAGAGGUCCAGCCAGAAGAAAGCCUGCUGCUGAGGCUGCGGCUGCUGCUCCUGCUGUUACUUCAUCUAGCGCAUCAACUCUGUCUAUUGGUACUACAUUCACCAUUUUCCAAAUCAACGAUCAAGGAAAUCUGUCAGUGCCUACCGAUCAGCUCUCACCUGCCCUCGCCAAGGGUGCCCAAGAGAUGGAGACUGUGGCUGCAGCAAACACUGAUGGCGCCGCUCCUGCUUUUUCGGCGUCAGCCUCGACCUCGAUUCCUGAAGAUGAGAAGACUGCACUUUCUGGUCUUCCUGCACAAGCUAUUGGUCAUAUUGGAGACACACCUGACCCCAAGCUGUCGCAGGCAACCAUGGAGCGCGCAUCAGCCAUUCAAUCUGAAUUCGAGGCGGCGCUUGCUGACUCUGAGAAGCACGGCGAGCAGCCUGUCGACAGUCAGACAGAUAUCAUUCCUCACAUGAACGAUCGCACGUCAGAAGUACCUAUUCCUGGCCAGACCGCUCUUCCCGAACCCAGAGAGCUUCAAGAAACACAAGGUGAUGUCGAGAAGAGCGAAAACACAACCUCUGCUAGCAAGUCCGAGGGCACAACGACCACUGAGAAGUCCGAAGAAAGUCUCGUCUCCAAGAUUGGUCAGACUGUCAACAAUGCCGUCAACUACGUCUCAGAGUCCGUCGCCGAGACUGUGCAAGGCACCUCAACAUCCACGGGCCAGGAAACGUCUGAGAGCAAGGAAGUCACCGAGCAAGAAGCCAAGCCCCAGAUGACAGACACAAGCGUACAAACCGGUCAACAAGACAUCACCAUCAGAAGUCCCACCGGCGAAGAGGAGAAAAUGACAUUACACCUCGGGGGUCGCGCUGCUAAAGAGGGCAAUGUGGUUGUCAAGAAUGGAGAGGAGAUUGUGGGGGAUAUGGAUGAGAAGCGUCGUACUGCCACCACUACUUUUGGCCAUGGAAUGUAG